AUGUGCAGUGGCUUUCUUAAUAAAGAGGCUAUUGAUGCCAUUGUUGCCGGCUCUAGCUCUCCUCAAAUCAUCAAAGACGCACUUGAGAACUCUCCUCAAGGAUUCACUAUGUUCCUGGACCCAACAGGACCACCUAUCCCUUCAUUCACCAUUGAUAACGAAUCGAAGAUCCAGACAUAUACUGACUUUUUACAUAGAACGGAGGAUAUUCUCUACGCGGAUAUGGAACUUGAGUGGUGCAUUGAAGGGAAGCAGUAUCAUGACGUUGUUGGAGGAUAUCAGAGGCUGGAUGUUUUCCAACUGCAAGUCAAUCGAUCUCUGAAGGACUCUGCUAUGUUUACCGAGAACCCUAGUACAGCGAGAUAG